AUGGAGUCGCUUUGGAGACUGAAGCGGUUCGAUGCCUUUCCCAAGACGCUGGAAGAUUUUCGGGUCAAGACGUGUGGCGGCGCGCUCGUGACUGUAGUUAGUGGACUCAUCAUGUUCUUCCUGUUCUUCUCAGAGCUCCAGUACUAUCUCACAAAGGAGGUAAACCCAGAAUUAUAUGUUGACAAAUCAAGGGGAGAUAAGCUGCGGAUAAAUAUAGACAUUGUUUUUCCACAUAUGCCAUGUGCUUAUUUGAGCAUUGAUGCAAUGGAUGUGGCUGGAGAGCAACAGCUAGAUGUUGAACACAAUCUCUUCAAACAGCGCUUGGAUAAAGAUGGCAAGCAUGUGACUCCAGAAGCAGAAAGACAUGAGUUAGGAAAAGAAGAGGAGACAGUCUUUGAUCCAAAUUCGUUAGAUCCUGAUCGCUGUGAAAGCUGCUAUGGAGCAGAAUCUGAGGAUAUCAAGUGCUGCAAUAGUUGUGAUGAUGUGAGGGAAGCAUAUAGGCGGCGAGGGUGGGCCUUCAAGAAUCCAGAUACUAUUGAGCAAUGCAAGAGAGAAGGAUUUAGCCAGAAAAUGCAGGAGCAAAAAAAUGAGGGGUGCAAAGUGUAUGGAUUUUUAGAGGUCAACAAAGUAGCUGGCAAUUUUCACUUUGCACCAGGAAAAAGCUUUCAACAGUCUCAUGUUCAUGUUCAUGAUCUUCAGAGCUUUGGACUUGACAAUAUGAACAUGACACAUUUUAUCAGGCAUCUUUCAUUUGGGAAGGAUUAUCCAGGCCUUGUGAACCCACUUGAUGGGACAGUUGUCGCAGCUCAGCAAGCUUCCAUGAUGUUCCAGUAUUUUGUAAAAGUAGUCCCCACAGUGUACAUGAAAGUUGAUGGUGAGGUGGUGAGGACAAAUCAAUUUUCAGUAACACGGCAUGAGAAAAUAGCUAAUGGACUAAUUGGAGAUCAAGGCCUACCUGGUGUGUUUGUACUGUAUGAGCUUUCUCCCAUGAUGGUGAAAUUAACAGAGAAGCACAGGUCCUUUACACAUUUUCUCACAGGUGUCUGUGCCAUCAUUGGAGGAGUGUUUACAGUUGCAGGACUCAUUGACUCUUUGAUCUAUCAUUCAGCUCGAGCCAUUCAGAAGAAAAUCGAACUUGGAAAAACUACAUAGAUUAGUAGCUAUAAUACUUCCUAAAAGACUUGAAGAAAUUAAAAACAAUCCUAGCAGAAAUGUCCAAUCUGAACGUGCCAAGCAAAGAUAACUGGAACUUUGAGGAGAGACUGAUGUUCCAGUCUUGGGACAAGUAAAACAGGGAUUAAAUUUAAACAUCAAUGUUUGUGGCUGUUAAAACAUUUCUGUUUCAAUAUUCAUCUUAAUGUGUUGGCAUAUAUUUCCGUUUCUAGAUUCCAAAAGAAAGAGCAGCAGCAUCCAGAAUAUAGACCACAAGACCUUCUACAUGUCUAAAACUAGUUAUUUCUAAUUUAAUUUGUAUUUAGUGAUACUGUAAAAUGUGUGGUUGGAAUAAAUUCUCAGGAAAAAGUUUUACUAAAGUGAUCUGAUAAUUUGCUUUUUUAAAGCUUGCUUAUCAAGCAUCAAGAGUUGUUUUAUCCAAAAAUAUUGCUUCUAGCAGCCUUCCAUAACCCAGUUUUUCCUCUCUUCAGCACCUAACAGUAAUUCUAACCACUGUCUGCACUAGGUGAUCAUGAUCUUCAUCUUUGGCUAUUAAUUUUCUAAAGUUGAUUAGAAUCUCUUGAAAUACAGUGUGAAAUUACUGGUUCCUGUCUCAGACCUCUUUUCCCAAUGCCUCAUAUAUUUAUUAGCAGUAUCUCACUCUUCGCCUCACUGUCCGGCUAAUUGAAGCAUCCUAUUCAUUAAUCAUUAUGAUGAUUGAUCAGGUAAGGAAAUUAUAUCACUUGUGGUUGUGAUAAUGAUGACCUGUUGAAUUUAUGCCUACUCUAGGUGAAAGGUUUUGGAACCUAAUGUACAAAUAGUUUCAUACUGGCUUUCACUCCAUCUUUGUAGUAUAUAUCAACUGUACCACUAUGGCACUUUACUCUUCAUAUUAACUUAAUGUCAGUACCCAUGUAACUGAAUUUUUAAUGUUUUAAUAAUUAAUUCAUUUAUAUGUUGUCUUUUUGAGUUUAGAGAGCAGCAGUGGCUAAAGUACAACAACUUGGGGUUGAUAAUCUUGUGGCUAGGAACUACAUGUGAUGUUUGGUGAAAUGUUGAGAGUCAUAAUGGGUUGAGGAACAAUGCAAAUUGAACAGGACCAACUGGUCAAGAUUUUCCAGGGUUUGGGAAUUAGGCUGAAUUUAGGGGUGGGGGGAGUUUUCUGCUUAAAAGCUCAUCAGAGCAGUUGCGAAGGUUCCAGGGGCCAAUGAAGUAGGGUUGGGCGCCAAUCUGACCCUCUACUUAUUUACUCCUGCUCUAAUUGAAGCAGCAUAAAAGCAUUUAGAUUCUAGUUUUUCCCCCCCAGUACAAUAAAUUUAUCCUGCAUUCCAGUUUUUCUUCACAGAGAAAAAGUUUAUCCUGCAAUAAAUCUAAUCAUGGGAAUGGUCAUGCCAACAAAAAGUGAGCUACUGUCAUAGAAGGCUGUGUUAUGAACCAAAUCAUUGGCUAUUUGGCUUACCAUUGUUUAAAUAAAGUUUUAAAUGAAAAAAAAAUCAAAGAAACAA